UGCAGCCCAGGUUGCACCCCGGCUCCUUCGGCUCCGCGGGACGCAGGUCCCUGCCCCGCCUCCGGCCCGCCCGCGCCCGCAGCCGGUGUGGCAGCGCGGUGUCUUCGGUCCAGCCCCUCGUGGGGGACCAGCCGAGUGGAUCGCCGCGGCCGAGCACGCAGCCUGAGCGUCCCGGGAAGGCGGGAUGGAGCCCGCCCUGCUGAGCGCUGGGACCUGCUGAGCCGCCCCCGGCCUAUAUUUGCUUCGACAAAGACAAAUUUAGAAUCAAUUACUUGAGGACAGUUUGCGUAACACCUGAAGUCAACAAGGCACAAUGAAGCACUUCCUGAGAAUGUUGAUCCAGGUAUGCCUGUAUUUUUACUGUAAAUUUUUGUGGCGUUGUCUGAAAUUUGUAAUGAGGAAGCUAACUGGAAGAUGUGAACUGCAACGAAUUUGUUACAGUACUAAACCUGGAGCUUCAAGAACCAUGAAAAUUGAAACUUCACUGAGGGAUUCCAAAAGUAAGCUGUUGCAGACUUCCGUGAGUGUUCACCCUGAUGCAAUUGAAAAAACUAUAGAAGACAUCAUGGAACUGAAAAAAAUUAACCCCGACAUAAAUCCACAGCUGGGAAUCUCUCUUCAGGCUUGCCUUCUGCAAAUUGUGGGCUACAGAAAUCUUAUUGCAGAUGUGGAAAAGCUGCGCAAAGAGCCCUAUGAUUCUGAUAAUCCCCAGCAUGAAGAAAUGCUUUUGAAGUUAUGGCAAUUCUUGAAGCCAAAUACUCCACUGGAAUCCCGGAUUUCUAAGCAGUGGUGUGAAAUUGGUUUCCAAGGUGAUGAUCCUAAAACAGAUUUUCGAGGAAUGGGACUUCUGGGACUGUGCAAUUUGCAAUAUUUUGCAGAAAAGGAUGCUACAGCAGCUCAGCAGGUCCUCUCCGACUCUCUUCAUCCAAAAUGCAGGGAUAUCACUAAAGAGGAAAUAAGCAAAUUCAGCAAAGCAGAAUGGGAGAAGAAAAAGUUGGAUAAAGCAAUUGGGUACUCCUUUGCAAUUGUGGGCAUCAAUAUAACUGAUCUGGCUUAUAAUCUUCUGCUCAGUGGAGCUCUAAAAACCCAUUUCUACAACAUCGCCCCCGAAGCUCCGACACUGUCUCACUUCCAGCAAACAUUCUGUUAUUUGAUGCAUGAAUUUCACAAAUUUUGGAUUGAAGAGGACCCCAUGGACAUAAUGGAAUUUAAUCGUGUGCGGGAGAAAUUCCGCAAAAGAAUCAUAAAACAGCUGCAAAACCCAGACAUGGCACUGUGCCCACAUUUUGCUGCCUCAGAAGGUUUAAUCAACAUGUAGUCACUCACUCUGGUUCAAAUAGAUACCCUGGAACACUGCCUCAUUGUUGUGUUAGAUUUCUGCUUAGGUCAUAGCUCAUACACUGAAUGCACACAGUGAUUAUAUGCAUGCCUUUUGGUACAGUAUUUUCAUCUCUUACUCAUACUCUUGAGAUCCCCAGAUACAACUAUUUCUGGAACAUCUGUCUUCUACUGACUGCUCACAUCGUGGCAUUGUACAGUGUUACAUCUUGCCUUGACAUCCAGGUAUGGAGAGAGUUUUCUAUUUUUUUAGAUUUUUUUCUCUCCCUCAUACUCAACAUUAAAGACUUGUAUUUCUCUAGAUGUAUUUUGUAUGUGAAGAGUUUAGCCGAAUUCCAUUCUGUGAAAGCCUUUUAAUUUAUUGAUCUGUUUCAUGACUACUGCUGCUAGCUUUUGAAGCCUGAUUCAUGCUUAGGUGUCAUUCUGAUAAAGUUUAAGACUUUAAAUUAAUACAGACAGACACAUGAUAAGCCAAACUCUUCCUGCAAACAUAACUGUGCUUCACAAAAUACAUAUUGAGGCUUCCAAAAAGUACAUAACUGUGCUUCACAAAAUACAUAUUGAGGCUUCCAAAAAGUAUCUAGGUAGGAGCUGUCUCGUGUGAAGUACUGCAGAAUUAUAUUGUAACUUAAUCCCAGUUGCAAUUGUGUCAUUGUCAUCUGGAUAUCAAAUUAUUUUAUUCCCAUAAUUUCACUGGCUUGGAUGUCUGAAUAUAUUUAUGAUGCUUAAAGCCUUAGAAAAGAAGUGAGCAUAUUUCAAAAACUGCAAAAGAUGUUUCACUGCCUGUCUCUUGCUGAACUCAAAAUUCUAUCCAGCACUGUUCUGAUCCAAGCAUCUUUGCUUGGGGAACUGCAUGCUGGCUGAAUUGUUUUCCAUGUCAGUGGGCAAUAUUUAAUAACAACUCACAAGAAAGUGUAUUGCAAGAGAGAAACCUAAGCCAUGUAACUCUGCAGUGUUCUUGAAAAUAAUGACGUUGUUUGUAUCAGUGAAAGAAGUAAAUUGCUUGGAAGAAGGAAAGUCAAAUCAUUCCAAAAUUGCUAAAAAUCAUUUUGAAAAUGUGAUUCAGUUUGGAAUUAUGAUUGUAGUCUAUUGAAUAGUAUUUACCAUGGCAUUUCAUACCCAUGGUAUUUUAUACUUUUGAACUAUCAAUUUUAGUAUUAUUAGAUGUUUGUGUAAUCACUUGCUUAUUUAAAUGAAUUUUGAGUACUGCCUACUGUCAGUUAUAUGAAUAAAUUACAUGUCAUUCUACUGUAACUUUAGAGUGAAUUUCAUUUUAAUGUUUUUGUACUCACACACCUUCUAAGUAUGCAAAUAUGAAAGAUAGUAGAACGUCAAAGACAACCUGGAGUUGAUUAUAAAUCAGUCAUUCAGAGAAGCCAAGUGUAAGUUACAGUGUGUUAUGUUUGAGAGACUUCUUUAAUCUUGAGGUUUGACAGUGCUUUAAUGAAAGAAUAAGAUCCACUGUUUUCGUCAUUACUUCCUGUGAUAUUUGGUGUGACUACUGCAAGACAGCUGGUCAGGAAAAAAUAUAAACUACGCAUUGUUUCCUUGUCCAUUCUAGCUGCUCUGAAUUGUGCCACCCUUUCCCUUUCAGCUAUGUACUACCAAGUGGCAGCAUUUUACAUUGCCUCUGUUACUACCCCAUGACGUUUUUUAGAGUGCAAAAAGGAAAGAGUUGAUUAACGGAUGAUGAGUCCAAUGAGUAAUGACAAGAUAAUACUUUAUUCUCCAAAGUAAAUGAGAAAUCGUAAGCAUAGUAAACAGCCUGCCUUGGAAGCAGUGAAUUUCCACUGCUGCAGGAGCUGCUGGAGAUGAAGGAUUCCGUGUCUUUGUCAGCUACAUGUAUGCAUUGUCUGCUUACAUUCACUGCGGUACUGUGUCACUGACAUGGCUUGAUAGUAUGUGGCACUUACACCAGCUCAUGUCUCUUCUGUUCAGGUAGAGAUGGCUGAUGUGUGCCGAGCUAAGAGAUUCCCCUCCCGGCUUUCCUUCUAUUGUAUCUUAGCAUGGCUUCACAGUUUCAGGCUGAACAAGCUCUGCCAGCUCCUUCUAGUUCUGAGUAUUGUUAGAUUUCUUAUUCACACUUCUAUGGAAGAUUCAUUCCACCCAGUACCAGAAGUAAGGUGAGAAAAAGAAGAGGAGAAGGUUUCAAAAGCUUCUGAAACGAGUGAGGUGUGUGAGUUUACCUAGAGUAUUUUGGGUUUGCUUAUAUUUAUUCCAUUAAAUGAGGAUUGACCACAUAAAA